AUGUCUGACACUCAAGCUCUCUUCAUGGGUCUUGUUCACACCGUACAGGGCGUGGGUGAGAGCGCAUUCGCCAUUGUCUCGUCGGCUUGGGGCGUCGUCUACACGUUUGUCCGCGGCCUCGUCGUCCUCUUGUGGGACACGCUUGAGAGCUUUGCCGGCUUCCUCGGCGCGUCGGUCAACUUUGUCAUCUGUAGGUGUGACGGCUGGUACCAUGGUGGUGCCACGAUCGCUGACGCCUCCAUAGCCAACAUCCUCUUGCUCGUCGUGCUUGCGGUUGGGUUUGCCGUGUACCGUGGGCGUGCUGCGGGCAAGCCGGCAGCUGCUGCGCGUCGCGGCAAGAAAAAGGCAGAGUAG